UUCAGACUGGGACACUGCUUCGUAAAGCUGAGAAAUUAGAGCCGUGAAUUAAAAAUAAAUAAAAAUCAGUAGCUAAAAUUAAAAGCUUUGGCAUUUUAAUCAAAUCCGAAUCAACAUUUCAACAGCCAUACAGAGUCGAUCAGAUUCACCGCCGCGGAAUGAGCAAUUUGGGGAAGAAAGCGACCGACGACGAUGACGUCGAGCAGCUACUGCGACAGGCCCACGACGAUGUGCUUCUCAAACUCAGCGUCAACUCCCACACGGCGCGCGGCUCAGCCGCCGCCGCCAUCGACCCAGAUCUCGACCGCCGUUUCCAGGCCCUCAAGAAACCCCAAAAGCUCACAAAUAAUCGCGACGAUUCUCUGAAUAAAACCGCCACCGACCGCAGCAAAGCCGCCAGUGCAGUAGCGGAGGACGACGACCUGUAUUCCAGAUUCGCAGCCCUCAAGACCUCACUUCCGUCAAACAGCAGCAAUUUUACAAGGAACGAUGUGGUAGAAGAGCAAGAGGAUGAUGAAGAUGAAGUUGAGAAGCUGAUCAGGUGGGCAACUGAUGCUGCAAGGCUCGAUCCUUCUCCUCCAUCUGAAGAUGAUGAUGAAGACGACAGCGAUGAAGAUGAAGGAGCGAGCAGAGGUAAAAAGGGCAAAAGAAAAUGAUCAAGUACAGGAAUUCUUGCCAUUGAUAUGGUUUUUACAAUUUGUGACUAAAGGUACUCUUUUACCAAUGAUGAUCUAUUUCCCUUUGUAAGAAGAGACACAUUAUAGUUUCCAUCUGAAUAAUCACAUACUACAUUGCAAGUUUAUUAAUA